AUGGCGCCAGUUCCAGUGGACCAUAGGAGGGUGGACGUGCCGGAGCGCGCGACGGCUCACGCGCUCCGCCUUGACGCCGGGCAAGACGACGCGACCGCCUCCCUCCUCACCCCCCCUCAAUGCCAAGGAGCCGAUACCGCGGCACCUCAUAACGAGUACGUUCUGCUGCACGAGCGCGAGGCGGCGGUGGAGUGCGGAGCGGCGUCGUGGGUGGGGGAGGCAGCGGCGCAGUGCAGCGUGGGGUUGCCGGUAGCGGGCACGAUGGCGGUGAACAGCUUCAUGCAGCUGCUGUGCCUCGCGUUCGUGGGGCAUCUGGGCACGCAGGAGCUCGCGUGUGCUUCCAUCGCCACCGCGCUCGCGAACGUCACUGGCUUCUCGCUGCUGGAAGGCCUGGCGAGCGCCAUGGAAACGGUGUGCGGGCAGGCAUACGGAGCAGGGGACCUGGCGAACCUGGGGACCAUGCUGCAGCGCGUGCACCUCAUCCUCACCCUCGCCUGCCUCCCCAUCUCCGCCUGCUGGCUCGCCACGCGACCGCUGCUGCUCUUCACAGGCCAGGACCACGCCAUAGCGAGCGGGGCAGCGCUGUACAUUGCAUGGGAGAUCCCGGGCCUGGUGGCGUCCGCCGCGUUCCUCCCUAUCACCAAGUUCAUGCAGGUCCAAGGCGUGACCCUCCCCCUCACCCUCAUCUCCCUCGUCUCGCUCCUCUUCCUCUCCCUCGCCUCCUACCUCCUCAUCCACACGUUCGCCCUCGGCUUCACAGGAGCAGCCAUGGCCCUCUCGCUCACGCUGCUCUUCCAGCUGCUCCUCGCACUGCUCUACCUCGCUCUGUUUGACAGCUCCCAUCAACUGCUCUCCCGCUGCUGGCGCGGCUGGUCGCUCACCCUCUGUUUCUCCGGCUGGUGGCCCUACCUCACUGUGGCAGUGCCCUCCUGUGCCAUGAUAUGUCUGGAGUGGUGGUUCUUUGAGAUCGUCACUCUUGUCUCCGGCCUGCUACCCAACCCUGCUGUCAACGUCGCAGCCAUGACCAUAAGUUUACAGACUGCUGGUUUCUGCUUCAUGUUCUCACUCGCCUUUGGCAUCGCCGCCAGUGUGCGGGUGAGCAACGCGCUGGGAGCAAAGAGCCCAGCAGCAGCACGGCGGGCGGUGGCCGUGGCAAUGUGCAUAUCGGUGCUGCUCUCCGCGCUCAUAGCGCUCUUCCUGCUCUUCAUCCGUGACUUUCUCAUCCUCUUCUUCACCGGUGCCUCUGCUCCCGACGUGGCUGCCCUCGUGCGCACACUCAUGCCCUUCCUCAUUGUGUCACAACCGGGCCUCUGCCUCCCCACCAUCCUCUCAGGAGUGCUGCGGGGGUCAGGGCAGCAAGCAGUGGGCACGGGCGUGAAUGGCUUCACCUUCUAUGCAAUCGCUCUGCCCCUCGCCUACGGCCUCGCCUUCCACCCCUUCCACCUCGGCGUUUCUGGCCUUUGGCUAUCCAUAAUUGUGGGGGAGGCAAUCCAAACCGCCAUCUUUGGGUACUACGUGGCCACCACUGAUUGGUCUGCGCAGGUAACCAGCCCGCGCGAGUGUCGCGAGAUCCAAGUGUCGCAGCACACCACGUGGGCGCCAGCGUUGACCCUCCAACAGUUCCUGCAGCGCGAGCAGCAGCUGGGCAGCCAUGCAUGGGCGCAAGCCAAUCUGCGCACAUGGGCCCUCGUAUCAGACGCGGAUGGGUCAGAGGAGCAAGCAGAGGCACGCACACCCGAGGAGCACCAAGCACUGCCACACCUGCCCGUGCCUACCCAUGCCACUGCCAGCGCCAUUGCCAGCGGCUCUGCCAGCACGAGUGCGAGCAGCACGGGGGAGCAGAGUGUGGCGUUCGUGUCCGUGCCAUGCGGCAGCAGCAGCAGCGGUGGGGGCGGCAGGGCGGGCAGGGUGGAGCACAGGAGAGUGCUGGCGUCACUAGAGACAUACCGCCAGGACGCUCUUCUCCUCCUCCCUGCCCUCGCUUCCUCCUCGCCGCCACCACCUUCCCCUCCCCACGCACCCACAUCGUCAGCAGCACCAUCGGCAGCACAACCAGCAGCAGCACCGUCAGACUCACCAUCACGAGCACGCAAGGGGAACGCGUAUGGCAUUGCGUCUGUGUUCACACCGCCCGCAAUGAGAGGUCAGGGCCUGGCCACCCACCUGUGCCGCGCCGUGCCUCCCCUGCUCGCACAGUCCGACCCCUCCGCCCUCGCUGCUGUGCUCUACUCAGACGUGGGCGAGCACCUGUACGCGCGUGCAGGCUUCACCGCGCCGCCACACGUGCUGCCACCGUCAAUGCAUGCGUUUGGGGUGCGGGGCGGGGAGGAGGGCGAGAGGCGGGUGCGGGAGAGCAGUGCGCGGGUGGAGUGGCUGAGACGAGGCGACCAGGUGGCUGCUGCUGUGGAUGGCUAUGUGCACACGCUAUCCCAGCGUGCUUCUAACUCGGCCUCCUUCCUCGUGCUGCCAUCAGCCGCCCAGGUGGAUUGGAUGGUGGAGAGGGAGCAUUUCUGUGCGCAGUUGCUGGGAGUGGAGCCCCUGCCGUGGUCAGGAGCACGGUGCAACGAUGCCCUCAUGGUAUGGAGCAUGGAUGUGGCGCGCCACAGCAAGUACAUCAAGGUGCUGCUCUUCCACGGCGGCAGCAAGCCAUCAGACACAGCAGCAGUGGUGGCAGCGGCAGUACAUGCUGCCAUGCAUGCACGCAUCCCCUGCACCGCCCCUCCCUCAUCCACCUCUGCACCAUCAGCGUCUGCUGGGGGUGCCGUGGUGGCAUGGGGCCCGGAAGCCAUCACAGGCUCAUGGCCAAUCCAAGACCGCCACCUGGCAGAAGCAGGCGUCACGGUGCACAGGGGGCCGCGCAGCAGCAGCAUUCCCAUGCUCGCCCCUCUCUCACCCGCAGUCGCUGCACCCAUGUG